UCAUUUAAUCUAUAUAUACAUGUACUAUCUCGUAGUAUUCUAUCUAUUCCUCGUUAGAUCAUUCCACUUGUCUUCUAACAACCCAUCUUGACUCAAUCAUCGAUCCUUUCUGAUAGUGUAUAAUCUACAAUCUAUAUACAUUCCCCACAGUUGACCGACUGCAGUAUGGCGGACGAUUCCAACGCCAUAUUACGCCGUCGCUCCUCUCUGCGUCAGCAGCGCCGUCUGUCUUUACAGUUUGAGAACAAUUCCUGGGCUGCGCCUCCCUCUGGAACCAUUUACGCUGGUCUGUCAACGUUGCUCGAAGAUGGAAUGGUGACAGUUGCAAUCGCUAUUCGCGAUACGACCUACCUCAUAGACUUCAUUCAAGAAUCGUUGCCCCUCAAGGAUGGCAAGUCCUUAUGCUCGGUGCUGGAGCGUUUCGUCAUAGAUCAGUUGCAACAAUUCAGUGACACCCACCUGGAGAAGUUCAUCGGAUUAGCGAUGCCGGAGCGCAUAGCGAAGCAAUGCCCCAAACUAUGUUCGAGGCUCUGGGCGGAGCUCGAUAUCAUUCCUCUGGUCUUGCCUGAAGGGAGCCGAAGAGAGGGAGAUGACAAGUUCGCCUUCGGAAUUCCUGACUCGACUACCUGGAAGAUCCGAGGCACUGACGAGCAGGCAGAGUCUAUGGGCCGCAAAUGUGUUCGGCUGUUUGGACCGGACAACAUCCCCUUGCUACAGGUUGGCUUUUUGGGUUUAGUGGAGGUGGACACUGCCUUCCAUGUGCGCUUGACCAACCUCGACGACUUCGAAAAGACGGUCUACCCCAAGACAUGGAAGGCUAUUCAGCAUUAUGCGGAUGACCUCAAGGAAAGGAAAACCAAGAUUGCCUUUUUCAGUGCCACCCCCCAAGGUGGAGGCGUAGCCCUCAUGAGACAUUCUCUUGCGAGGUUCUCCUACUCAUUAGGAACCGAUAUAAAAUGGUAUGUGCCCAAGCCACGGCCGGGCGUCUUCCGUGUAACCAAGAACAACCACAAUAUCCUGCAGGGCGUUGCAUCCCCUGAGGAGCGGUUGAGCGAGGAGGCCUGGGGGCAGGUAACGGACUGGGUCAACGAGAAUGCGAAGAGAUACUGGUUGAUCCCAGGAGGUCCUCUACAACACCCUAAAGAUGGAGGAGCCGAUGUAGUGGUUAUUGAUGAUCCGCAGAUGCCUGCGCUAAUCCCUAUCGCGAAGCGACUCGCACCGGACCGACCGGUAAUCUUCCGCAGUCACAUCCAAAUCCGCAGUGACUUAAUCGACCAGCCGGGAUCUCCGCAAGAAGAAGCUUGGAGUCGCCUCUGGGAAGACAUCCAACAUGCGGACAUUUACAUUAGUCACCCCGUGAAGUCCUUUGUACCCAGUAGCGUGCCCAGAGAGAAGGUAGGCUAUAUGCCAGCGUCGACAGAUUGGUUGGAUGGUUUGAAUAAGCACAUGCGAGAGUGGGAUGUUGCUUACUAUGGCCGGGUUUUCAAUUCCCUCUGUAGGAAUUCCGGCAUGCCCACUAUUGAUUUCCCUGAAGAUGAAUACAUCGCUCAAAUUGCACGCUUUGAUCCAUCGAAGGGCAUUCCGGAAGUCGUGGAAUCGUACGUCAAGUUCCACCGGCGGUUCGCAGCUGCAUUUCCCGACAGACGGGCCCCCAAGCUGUUGAUCUGUGGCCACGGCUCCGUUGAUGACCCAGACGGAACGGUGAUUUAUGACGCUGUCGUCACCCACAUCGAGGAAAACCUCCCCGAUCUCACCGAACAGAUCUGCGUCGUCCGCCUGGGCCCGUCGGACCAGCUGCUGAAUGCCCUUCUUUCGAAAGCCAAGGUGGCGUUGCAACUCUCGACACGGGAAGGGUUCGAGGUCAAAGUGUCAGAGGCCAUCCACAAGGGGACGCCGGUGAUCGCAACCAGGGCUGGUGGCAUUCCUCUCCAAGUAGCUGACAGACAGAACGGCUUCCUCGUGGAGGUUGGGGACACCGACGCAGUGGCCCAGCACCUAUUGGAUCUGUGCACGGACGACGAGCUGUAUCAGCGAAUGCAUAAAUUCGCCCUCAGCCACGUGUGCGACGAGGUGAGCACGGUCGGCAACGGACUGAACUGGCUUUACCUUGCCUCGAAACUGUCUAAAUCCGAAGAGGUCAAGCCGAACGAGCGCUGGAUCAACGACAUGGCUCGCGCCGAGGCGGGCCAAGAGUACACCAGCGAUGAGAGCAGACUGGUGCGGGAACUUUGCCCCCAGAAUGGCGUGAACGGGCACUAAGCUCGCCGGCCGAUAGUAGAAGGGCAGUCAGAUGUUUGGAUGGUCGAUGACCGUGAAUGUAUCUCCAC